CCUUUGCAAACAGCAAAGUACACGACAACGUACAAAGCAUAUCUCAUCGUUCUCGUUCGACAGCAGAGAAGCCCGUCGCCAUGAUCAGGUUUCGCGCCGUCUUUCCAUAUCUCAGAUGCUCCUGCACGCGUGCAUUCCCAUCUUCAUGGCUCUGUUCGUGCGAAACCUUCGCUCAACUCCACCAUCGCUUCUCUAAACGCGCGAGUCAUGCAGCUCGCGACAGUCCCGCAGCCUCUGCACACCUCAAGAACGGAAACCCAGAUGGAACUCGGGAGGUUCUGGACAUGUCUCGAUGCCCAGAUGUUCGUUCGGUCACGAAGAUGAUCGCGGGUCGCUUGCGAAACGGCCGCCUUGGCGACGCCCUGAAACUGUUCGACGAAAUGCCCGCGAGAGACUCGGUUUGUUGGAACACGAUGAUCAAAGGCUGCUUGGACUGCGGGGACUUGGUGACGGCAGAAGAGCUUUUCGACGAAAUGCCCGAACCGAGUGUUGUUUCGUGGACGACGAUGGUGGAUGGGUUCUUUCGAUUUGGACAAGUUGAGCGGGCGGAGAAAUUUUUCAAGCAGAUGCCCAUUAGAGAUCUUACUGCAUGGAAUGCGAUGCUUCAUGGGUAUUGUGAGAAUGCGAGGGUGGACGAUGCUGUAAGAUUGUUUGAGCAAAUUCCUUCUCGUAACGUCAUUUCAUGGACUUCAAUGAUUGGCGGGCUUGACCAAAAUGGGAGAUGUGAAGAAGCUUUAGUUGUUUUUGAGAGAAUGUUCAAGUCUGGUAUGGUACCGAAUGCGAGUACUUUGACAUGUGCAUUGAGUGCCUGUGCAAAUGCAUUGUCUUUUCCUCUUGGUGUGCAGAUUCAUGGUCAUGUUUUCAAGUCAGGAUUCUGCCUUAGUGGCUUUGUAUGUGCUUCUCUCAUCACAUUCUACGCUAACUGUAAGCGAAUUGAGAAAUCAACCCAAGUCUUCAAUGAAGUGGCGUCUAGGAAUGUGGUCAUAUGUACAGCUCUUCUAACUGGUUAUGGCUCGAAUGGUAGGCAUGAAGAUGGCCUGAAGAUUUUCAGUGACAUGAUAAGAAAAAGUGCUCUUCCUAAUCAAUCUUCUUUUGUAAGUGCUUUAAAUUCUUGCUGUGGUUUGGAGUCUCUAGAUCGAGGUAAGGAGGUUCAUGCGUCAGCUGUUAAGCUGAAAUUGGGAUGUGAUGUUUUUGUUGGCAAUUCUCUUAUAGUCAUGUAUAAUAAGUGUGGAGUCAUUGAUGAUGCUGUUGGGGUGUUCAAAAGGCUCAGGGAGAAGAACAUCGUAACAUGGAAUGCUAUUGUUUGUGGGUGUGCACAUCAUGGCCGAGGCAUGUGGGCCAUGGAGCUGUUUAGCAAAAUAAUACGUGGACUGGUGCAACCAGAUGAGAUCACACUCACGGGAUUGCUUUCUUCCUGUAAUCAUUCUGGGAUGUUACAGAAGGGGAGAUGCUUGUUCCGGUACUUUAGUGAAAACACUUCCAUUGAAUUGAAGCACGAGCAUUAUGCAUGCAUGGUGGAUGUCCUAGGACGAUAUGGGAAGCUAGAGGAAGCAGAGGAUCUUGUAAGAAACAUGCCCCUUAAAGCUAACUCCAUCGUGUGGCUUGCUUUGCUUAGUUCUUGCAGGAUGCAUUCUAACAUAGAUUUGGCAGAGAGAGCUACAAACUAUAUUCUUGACCUAGAACCCCACUGUAGUGCUGCUUAUGUUUUAUUGUCCAAUUUAUACGCUUCUGCUAAUAGGUGGAGUGAUGUAUCGAGAUUAAGAGUGACUAUGAGGGAUAGAGGGAUUGUGAAGCAACUAGGUAGCAGUUGGGUUACCAUAAAGGGCCAAAAGCAUUUAUUUCUUUCUGGGGAUAAAUCUCACCCUUUGAGUGAAAACAUAUAUUGGAAGCUGGAUUGGUUAAAAAUGAAGUUGAAAGAAUUGGGUCAUGUUCCAGAUAGGAGGUUCUCUCUCCAUGACGUGGAAGACGAACAGAAGGAAGAGUCGUUAUUUUACCAUAGUGAAAGGCUUGCUGUUGCAUUUGCAUUGAUUAGUACAGUCGAAGGCAGUACAAUAACUGUAAUGAAGAAUCUUCGCAUUUGUGGCGAUUGUCAUUCUGUGAUAAAACUUAUUGCAAAGAUUGUUGAUCGGGAGAUAGUUGUGAGAGAUUCCAGCCGCUUUCAUCAUUUCAAGAGUGGCAUUUGCUCUUGUGGGGAUUAUUGGUAGCGAGGGCAUGCGGUUAUUUCUCCUGUCAUGAACCUAUGAACAUCCUGAAAUUGCUCAUCUUGUUAAGCACUGAUGAGAGUGGAGCAGCUACACUGGCCCUACUAAAUAUGGGCUUACCUUUGUUGUUGACAUAAUAGACAACAAAUUCAUCUGGAAUCUGGGCUUUUUUAUCAGUUCCAGUGUGGACCCCACAUGAUCCAAGAAGUUGAUUGAUUUAGUCUAGUAGGCUGAGGGUGUCCAAGUAUUUCUCAGCUAUAUGAGUUGGGCAUGUGGAAAGUUGGGUGACUUGGGAGGAACUCUUGCUUUGGAUGGCAAUGCCAUCCAUGGGCUCCAUACCGGAAUUUCUGUUGAA